AUGGCAGACGAGGGCGGGGUUGGUGGCCCUAAGGGGGACGGGCGGGGGAAGGAGUGGACGGUGGACCUGUGUUGCAAGCGGUUGUCUUUGCUUCACCGCAAGCUUCGGCAGGUCAAGAGCCUGCAGGCUCAGCAGGCCAGGGACCCCGAUUCUCUCGACGACGCGCAAAGAGUCAAGCUCGGGAGGAAGCAGACCCUCCUGACGGAGAUAUCGGAGCUGGAAGCGCUGAGAAGGGACCUGCGCCAGAAGGAGUGGGAGAGCGACGGCGCUUCGGCGGGGCCUAAGGAGAAGAAGUCGCGCCUCCCGCCGGGCCCCUUUGCCGCAGCCAACGCGGCGGGCGGCGGCCACGACACGCGACAGCACCAGCUGGAGGAAGAUGAUGGAGCCGAAUACACCCGGGACGGCCUCCGGCUAGCGUCCCCCAAGCGCCAGGUGCAGCAGCAGCAGCAGCAGCCGCCGCCGCCCAAGCCCGCACCCCCCGCUUCUUCGCGGCCAUCCGCGGGAACCCCGGGAGCGGCGGCGGCGGUGCCCUCACCCUCGCUGGGGGAUGCCGAUCUGUUUUCCGACGGCGACGGGGGUGGGGUUUCGGCCAUGGAGGCUUUGAUAAAGUCCUCCAUGGACGGCCAGGACUGGGAGAAGGAGGAGGGUGACGGCGGGUUCAACUGGGAGGAAGGGUUCGAGGACGCGGGGGGGUCUAGCGAAGGGCGGGAGGAAGCUAGGCCGAUGGUGGAGGCUCCGGCGGGGGGUUACCCGAAGAGGCUGGCCGGGCUGAUGAGCUUCUGCCGCGUGUCGGACAAGGCGACCUGCGAGAUCCUGGUGGAGAUGGGGAGGGUGACGGUGAACGGGGUCGUGGCGAGGGACCCCGGGAUUAAGGUGGACCUGCUGACGGACAUCGUUGUCGCGAACGGCGUGGCGGUGACGUUUCCCGGAACGAUUGACAACUCGGACGAGACUAGAAGGCCUCGGGAAGACGCGGGGAAGGGGGUGGCGCUAGGAGUGAUGGCGCCAAUGCCUUGA